AUGGCAACUCAACAACAACAACAACAACAACAACAACAACAACAGCAAAUUAAGGCUAGAAAAGAUAUACAAAUUCAACAAGCACAAUCUGCUUCUGAUAUAUUAGGACCACCAGAAAUUUCAGAAACUGAAAUUACAACAGAAUCAAUACUUGGUGAUGGAAGUUUUGGUACUGUUUAUAAAGGUCGUUGUAGAUUAAAGGAUGUAGCAGUAAAGGUUAUGUUAAAACAAGUCGAUCAAAAGACUUUAACUGAUUUCAGAAAGGAAGUUGCAAUUAUGAGUAAAAUUUUUCAUCCAAAUAUUGUACUUUUUUUAGGUGCAUGUACAUCUACACCAGGUAAACUUAUGAUUUGUACAGAAUUAAUGAAAGGUAAUCUUGAAUCAUUAUUAUUAGACCCAAUGGUUAAACUCCCAUUGAUCACUCGUAUGAGAAUGGCAAAAGAUGCAGCUUUAGGUGUUUUAUGGUUACAUUCUUCAAAUCCAGUAUUCAUUCACAGAGAUUUAAAGACAAGCAAUCUUUUAGUUGAUGCUAAUCUUACAGUUAAAGUUUGUGAUUUUGGUUUAUCACAAAUUAAACAAAGAGGUGAAAAUUUAAAAGAUGGUCAAGAUGGUGCUAAAGGUACCCCAUUAUGGAUGGCACCAGAAGUUUUACAAGGUAGAUUAUUUAAUGAGAAAGCAGAUGUAUAUAGUUUUGGUUUAGUAUUAUGGCAAAUUUUUACAAGACAAGAGUUAUUCCCAGAGUUUGAUAACUUUUUUAAAUUUGUAGCAGCAAUUUGUGAGAAACAAUUAAGACCAUCAAUUCCAGAUGAUUGUCCAAAAUCAUUAAAGGAAUUGAUUCAAAAAUGUUGGGAUCCAAAUCCAGAGGUUAGACCAUCUUUCGAAGGUAUUGUAUCAGAGUUGGAAGAGAUUAUUAUCGAUUGUUGUAUACCAGAUGAAUAUGGUGCAAUCCUUUGGAAAAAUCAUUUCAAACAUGAAAAUGAAGCCAAUUGGAAAGAUUUCAUCAAUGUUUUCUCAAAUUUUGUUGGUCUCACCAAUGCCAAUACACCUUCAAUGUCUGAUCUUUUACAAUUCUCUCCAAAUUUAAAUGGUUCAACCAUUGAAUUAAACUUUAAAUGUUUGAAAUCAAUCAUUGUUUCCUCUCCAAAAGGUCCACAUGAAGAGGAAGUUGUUUUAAUGGAACAAUUUGGUAAAGUUUUAGCUUGGUUUGGUAAUUUAAAAGAAGAUGGUUCUCAAAUUUUAGAUAAAAUUAGACAAUUAAUGGAGUGCGCUUGGUUCCAUGGUGAUAUUUCAACAUCAGAAAGUGAAAAUAGGUUAAGACAAAAACCAGAAGGUACAUUUUUAGUGCGUUUCUCAACAAGUGAAUAUGGUGCUUACACAAUUUCUAAAGUUAGUAAGAAUGGUGGUAUUUCACAUCAAAGAAUUCACAGACCACAAGGUAAAUUCCAAGUCAACAAUAGUAAAUAUCUUAGCGUAAAAGAAUUAAUUACUGGUGAGGCACAAGCUUUAGGAAUUAAUACUCCAUGUUUAGGUUCAAGAUUUUUAUCUUUGAUUUACAAGGCUCAAUUAUCUGGUUACAUCAAUUAG